ACCUAACAGCACGCUUGUGAUGACUGUCUCUAUGUGAAUCACUGAGUUCUACCGCGAUCGGAACAUUAACAAACAAUAAUAAUGUCUUAACACUUUUUGUUCGAGUGUUUUCAUCAAUGAAAUCAGUGUUAUGUGAAGUAUAAAUUUUGGAAUUUUGUGAUGUAUUCUGUUGGAUAAAUUACUAUGAAAUUGGUGGAAAUCGGAAACUUGAAGAUGACUUUUUUAUUGCUGAUAUGUCUGUGUGCGAUGACGUCAGCGUACAAGAUCACUCAGCUGAAGGUGCCGCUGUACGCGGACCCCCGCCGUGCAGCCGAGCUGAGUUGUCACUUCAUAAUGGACGACUACGAGCUGCAUUCUGUCAAGUUGUACAGAGACCUGGACGAGAUAUUCAGAUACAAUCCCUCGCAAAAGCCUUCGAUACGUUUGUACAACGUGACCGACGUGAUGGUUCAAAGCGGGGAGUGUGAGAGUCAGUGGUGUAUGGUACGAGUUAUGCCCGCACCGGUAGCAACACAAGCCGCCUACACCUGUGAGAUAUCAACAGAAGGACCCAAGUUUAUGAUAGCGAGGAAGACUAAACAGAUGACUGUUUUAGCUCUGCCAGAUCGAGAUCCGGUUAUAACUGGUGCUCCGAGAUUAUUGAAGCCUGGAGAGCAGGCACUGCUGAACUGUACCUCGGACUAUUCAUUACCAGCGUCUGUUAUCAACUGGUAUAUAGACGACGAGUUACAAAAGCCUGAACCUUGGCUUCGGACGGAACUGAGUGAGCCACAGCCAGGUGGUCUUCGGGCAUCGUCGAGGGUACUUCGCUUGAAGAUGCCUCCAGAAACCACAGGCACGUUGAGAGUCCGAUGUGAAGCAGUACUUAUGGUGGAGCCUCCAGUUGUUAGAGAUACUUCAGCUAUCGUAACUUUGCUGUCUCAAACACAACUCUCUAAAUACGUGUCAAAAGCAGAUAUAAAUACAGCUCAUGUAGUAAACAUUGCUGUUAUAUGGACUUUGAAUAAUUUUUUUUGAGUCGUUGGCUUAUGAAACAGAGCCGAUUUCUUAUGUGAUAUAUAAAUUACUUGAGUGUACGUUAUAUUAUAAAUUAAUGUUAACUUUAAGAUAAUAUUAAUUAAUUUAAAAUUGUAACUGUUUUGUGAAUUAAGUAUUCUAUUAUAUUCGCAAAAUUAUAAAAAUUAAAUAAUUA